CUAAAGAAAGGGAUGGUGAUAAUUAUCACUAGGUCGACAACAACAAUCUUGAAGUGACCUACUGGGCCCUUCGACCAGCUUAACCCUUUCUCCAAACCUUUUCUAGCUUUUUUUGACAUUUACGCGCAGUCGCACCGUAUUUUCACUCGAUAAACAUUCAUUUUUGGCAAUUCCACAGCUCUACGCUCCCCACAAGUUCAUUUAUUAAUUAAUCGAUUGAAAAACGAGUGACACCCGGGGUAGAUAGGAUUUUUUUCGACUUGUCAACGAGUUUUUGGGAUUUUCUAGUGAUUGACAAGUAAAUAUCCCGGAGAAAUGGAUUUUCGAGCCCCCGUGGGUCUGUGAGCUCUGACGUAGAGACUAAUAGAUGAUAAACAAUUGAUAAUAAGUGGUGCCAACAAUAGUCGUCGCGGUGAAGGUAAAAAUAAGAAAAGUUCUCGAUGAAAUGUCGGAAAAAUCACGUAAACUCAUAACGAGGUUUCAUCCGAGCCAUGGGACCAAUAUUAUUCUUUACGAUGAUAAUACCGUGGCAUAUCGCAAAGCGAGUUUUGCUGAUGCUCUGACAUUUAGUGAAAAACCUCUUCAACCCGGGGAGAUUUUUCUACUGGAGAUUGAGAAACAUGAGAGGGGGUGGAGUGGACACAUGAGGUUAGGACUAACUCAGAUUGAUCCCAAGACUGUUGACAGGAAUGGCAUUCCUCAGUAUGCCCUGCCCAAUAUGGUUAAAAUGGGACAGAGCUGGAUUUUUGCCAUUACCAGCUGUCCCUGUGUUAAUAUUGAGGGGAUCACACGAUAUGGUGAAAGUAUACUUCUCCAAGAAAGAAAACUAAAGACCGAUGGCAUAACAGUGCAGACAUCGAGGGGAUUGAUCCCCUACACUGCCUUGACCCCCAAUCUAGCCCAGAACGACAGCUCCCACGAUAUUCUACCUACAGAGACUGGAAGCAGAAUUGGAGUGAUGUAUGUACCUCAAGUGGGGACAGAUCUCGCUGAAAUGCAUUUUAUUAUUAAUGGAGUGGACCAGGGGGUCUGUGGCAAGGACAUUCCAUACAGGGAGGGACCUCUCCAUGCUGUCGUCGAUGUCUACGGAACUACCAAGCAAGUCAGGAUUGUCCAGCUCUACGGUGUGUCGACGCUACAAAGUGCCUGUCGCGACGCAAUCCUCCAGUACACAAAACUGAACGCAGUUGAUGCAUUGCCAUUACCCCAGAUGCUGAAGGAUUUCCUUCUGUACCAAAAUCAAGAGUCACAGUGAUCGACCUAACGAGAGAGAAAAUAGAAAAGAAAGGAAUUUUUGUGAGAGCUAAGCAUGAUCAAAUCAGGCAGGUCCUAAUCGCGUUAUUCUUUAUUUUCUAUUGUCGCAUUUCUUUCUUCUUGUUAUUGAUAUUAUUAUUUGAUAUUUCUUUUUUUUUCCCCCAAAUUGAACGAUCUCGAAUUGGUCAGGACACGUGGAUGUCGCCAUGGGAUUUUACACUGAGUAGAUCAGCCGUUCCAGUGAAUUAUUUUUCUGAAUUUUCGAUGAUUGGAAGAGCGCAAUCAUUCUAAAUAAAGGCCAUUAAAAAAAUCGAUUGGUGAUACCUCCAUAGGAGUCGAUUUUUCUCACUCGUUUAUUUGAGAUCACUUGAGUCAAGCGAAUUCAUCGAAAUUGUUUUCUUCUCAGUGUAAUCAACUGUUUACUGUUGGUGGAGUGUUGUAGUAUGACGAAAGUAUGAUGAAAGAUACGUAAAAGUAGCUGAAGCUGUGCAUUUUAUAAAAUAAAGUCUCUUUUCUAAAAAA